AUGACCGAUUCUCAGGAACGCAAUGGUGAUAAUAAAAAGACUGAGUCCGAAAAAAGUGUCAAGGAUCAAUUGUCCAGGAAAAAAUCCGCUAAAGUCAGGGUGUCCAGCAAGCAAACAUCUGAUGGCGGUAGCGGCAGCAGCAAAUCAAAGAAGAAAGAACAUGACUCGCAUUUCUCCAUCAAAGCAUCACUUUUCGAUGCGGCACAGAUGGCAUGCAAUAUUGUAGAAAUAACUCAGGAUAGCACACUGCGUCCACAGAAAACCGGAAUUCGCGAUAUCGAAGAAAAAGUAAGUAUCUUCAACUAUAAAUGCGCACAUGAAAGUUCAUUUUCUCGCACUUUUAUAAAUAUGACAGAAAACUGUAACAAAUUUUUUGAUGGUCCCAUACGAUCCAUCGAGUAA